UGACUCCCCCUUGCCGGUGUCGUCCCGCGUGUGCUUUGUCAAGUUCCAUGAUCCUGACUCGGCCGUGGUGGCACAGCACCUGACAAACACUGUGUUCGUUGACAGAGCCCUCAUAGUCGUUCCAUAUGCAGAAGGAGUCAUUCCUGAUGAGACUAAGGCUUUGUCUCUCUUGGCACCAGCUAAUGCUGUGGCAGGUCUGCUGCCUGGAGGUGGACUCCUGCCCACUCCCAACCCACUCUCUCAGAUUGGUGCUGUCCCUUUAGCUGCUCUAGGAGCUCCUGCUCUCGAUCCUGCCCUUGCUGCUCUCGGGCUUCCUGGAGCCAACCUGAACUCCCAGUCUCUUGCAGCAGAUCAGCUCCUGAAACUGAUGAGCACAGUGGAUCCAAAGUUGAACCAUGUAGCUGCAGGUCUUGUUUCCCCGAGUCUGAAAUCUGAUACCUCCAGUAAAGAAAUAGAAGAAGCUAUGAAGAGAGUCCGAGAAGCACAGUCCCUCAUUUCUGCUGCUAUAGAGCCAGACAAGAAAGAUGAGAAGCGAAGACACUCAAGGUCGAGGUCACGCUCGAGGAGGAGGAGGACACCUUCCUCCUCCAGACACAGACGGUCCAGAAGCAGAUCCAGGAGAAGGUCCCAUUCCAAAUCCAGAAGCAGGAGGCGAUCCAAAAGUCCAAGGAGAAGAAGAUCUCAUUCCAGAGAGAGAAGCAGAAGGUCGAGGAGCACAUCCAAAACCAGGGAUAAAAAGAAGGAAGAGAAGGAAAAGAAACGAUCUAAAACUCCCCCCAAAAGUUACAGCACAACCAGGCGAUCCAGAAGCACAAGCAGGGAGCGGCGCCGCAGGAGGAGCCGAAGCGGCACGCGCUCGCCCAAGAAGCCCAGGUCUCCCAAAAGGAAAAUGUCCCGGUCCCCAUCCCCACGGAGGCAUAAAAAGGAGAAGAAGAAGGACAAGGACAAGGAGAGGAGCAGGGACGAGAGGGAGAGGUCCACAAGCAAGAAAAAGAAGAGCAAAGACAAAGAGAAGGAUCGAGACCGGAAAUCCGAGAGUGACAAAGACGUGAAAGUCACAAGGGAUUACGACGAGGAAGAACAAGGCUAUGACAGUGAGAAGGAGAAGAAGGAGGAGAAGAAGCUGUCAGAGUCCUCCUCCCCCAAGGGCAAGGAGCCUGGGGCCGAGAAGGGCCCUGGGGACCCAGCCAGGGAGUCCAAGGUGAACGGGGAUGACCACCACGAGGAGGACAUGGACAUGAGCGACUGA